AUGCUGCUCGCAACGCUGGACGCGUCAGAAGCGAGCGACGAGGUCACAGACGAAGCGUCCUCAGAGGCGGAUGAGAGAGCGGAGGAAAUGCUGUCUGAAACAGACGAAGCACCAGAGCUAGCCGCCGCACCAGCACCGAAGAUUGUGGUGAAUCCAGUUGUGGUGGCAAAGGUGGUGUCAGUGGCGCUGACAGUGGCAACGAGAGGAGACGUCGAGAUCGGGGUGCUUGAAGCAGAUGCCGUGGUGGUCACAGUGGUCGCGGAAGCAGUGUUCGACGCGAUGCUCUCAGUGGCCGAGGAGAGAACGCUAAGCGCCGACGCCGUGAUUGAGCUUGAGACAGAGGACAAAACGCCUAGGGAGAUGUUCGUCAGUUGA